GCGAGCCCCGCGCGAGUGCACUGCGAGGCGGGCCGCAGGGAGGGAGGCGCGAAGAGGGCGCGAGGGUGGCAGCCGGAGGGAGCUGCCGCCCCUGCCCGCCCGGGUCCCCGUGGGGUGCAUGGGGCGCUUCGAGCCGGGAUCCCACGCGGGCCCCGCGCCCAGCUUCCUGCUGCCGUGAGAAGCCGCGCCGGGACGCCCCCAGACCCAGAGCUGCCGGGAGGAUGACCAUGGCCGGGGGCAGGAAGGGACUGGUGGCCCCCCAAAACACGUUUCUGGAGAAUAUUGUCCGGCGGUCCAAUGAUACUAAUUUUGUGUUGGGGAAUGCCCAGAUAGUGGACUGGCCUAUCGUGUACAGCAAUGAUGGAUUUUGCAAGCUGUCUGGCUAUCACAGGGCGGAAGUGAUGCAAAAAAGCAGUACCUGCAGUUUUAUGUAUGGGGAGCUGACUGAUAAAGACACCAUUGAAAAGGUGCGGCAGACAUUUGAGAACUAUGAGAUGAAUUCCUUUGAAAUCUUGAUGUACAAGAAGAACAGGACACCUGUGUGGUUCUUUGUGAAAAUUGCUCCAAUUCGAAAUGAACAGGACAAAGUGGUUUUAUUUCUUUGCACUUUUAGUGACAUAACAGCUUUCAAACAGCCGAUUGAGGAUGACUCAUGUAAAGGCUGGGGGAAGUUUGCUCGGCUGACCAGAGCACUGACAAGCAGCAGGGGCGUCCUGCAGCAGCUGGCUCCCAGCGUACAAAAAGGCGAGAAUGUCCACAAGCACUCCCGCCUGGCCGAGGUUCUGCAGCUGGGCUCAGACAUCCUUCCCCAAUACAAGCAAGAGGCACCAAAGACUCCCCCUCACAUCAUCUUACAUUACUGUGUUUUUAAGACCACGUGGGAUUGGAUUAUCUUGAUCUUAACCUUCUACACAGCCAUCUUGGUCCCUUACAAUGUCUCCUUUAAGACCAGACAGAACAACGUGGCCUGGCUGGUUGUGGAUAGCAUCGUGGACGUCAUCUUUUUGGUGGACAUUGUGCUGAAUUUUCAUACCACCUUUGUUGGACCAGCUGGGGAGGUGAUUUCUGACCCCAAACUCAUCCGCAUGAACUACCUGAAGACGUGGUUUGUGAUUGACCUUCUGUCCUGUUUGCCAUAUGAUGUCAUCAACGCUUUUGAGAACGUGGAUGAGGGCAUCAGCAGUCUGUUCAGCUCUCUGAAAGUUGUCCGGCUGCUCCGUCUGGGGCGGGUGGCCCGGAAGCUGGACCACUACAUCGAAUACGGAGCUGCCGUGCUGGUCCUGCUGGUGUGUGUGUUCGGGCUGGCUGCUCACUGGAUGGCCUGCAUUUGGUACAGCAUCGGGGACUAUGAGAUCUUUGAUGAGGACACCAAGACCAUCCGCAACAACAGCUGGCUCUACCAGCUGGCGAUGGACAUUGGCACCCCUUACCAGUUUAAUGGGUCCGGCUCAGGGAAGUGGGAAGGUGGUCCCAGCAAGAAUUCCGUCUACAUCUCCUCGUUGUAUUUCACCAUGACCAGCCUCACCAGCGUGGGCUUUGGGAACAUCGCUCCAUCCACGGACAUCGAGAAGAUCUUUGCCGUGGCCAUCAUGAUGAUUGGCUCACUUCUCUAUGCCACCAUCUUCGGGAAUGUGACGACCAUUUUCCAACAGAUGUACGCCAACACCAACAGGUACCAUGAGAUGCUCAACAGCGUUCGGGACUUCCUGAAGCUCUACCAGGUGCCCAAGGGAUUGAGCGAGCGAGUCAUGGAUUACAUCGUGUCCACCUGGUCCAUGUCCAGAGGCAUCGACACAGAGAAGGUCCUGCAGAUCUGCCCCAAGGACAUGAGAGCUGACAUCUGCGUGCACCUGAACCGCAAGGUCUUCAAGGAGCACCCGGCCUUCCGGCUGGCCAGCGACGGCUGCCUGCGGGCCCUGGCCAUGGAGUUCCAGACGGUGCACUGCGCCCCAGGGGACCUCAUCUACCACGCAGGGGAGAGCGUCGACAGCCUCUGCUUUGUGGUCUCCGGCUCCCUGGAGGUGAUCCAGGAUGACGAGGUGGUGGCCAUUCUAGGGAAAGGAGACGUGUUUGGAGACGUGUUCUGGAAGGAAGCCACCCUUGCCCAGUCCUGUGCCAACGUGCGGGCCUUGACCUACUGCGACCUGCAUGUGAUCAAACGGGACGCCCUGCAGAAAGUGCUGGAAUUCUACACUGCCUUCUCCCAUUCCUUCUCCCGGAACCUCAUUCUCACCUACAACUUGAGGAAGAGGAUCGUGUUCCGGAAGAUCAGCGACGUGAAACGGGAGGAGGAAGAGCGCAUGAAACGGAAGAACGAGGCCCCCCUGAUCUUGCCGCCCGACCACCCCGUCCGGCGGCUUUUCCAGAGGUUCCGACAGCAGAAGGAGGCCAGGCUGGCCGCGGAGAGGGGAGGCCGGGACCCGGACGACCUGGAUGUGGAGAAGGGCAGCAUCCUCACCGAGCACAGCAACCACGGCCUGGUGAAGGCCAGCGUCGUCACCGUCCGCGAGAGCCCCGCCACGCCCGUGGCCUUCCCGGCGGCCGCCGCCUCCGCGGGGCUGGACCAGGCCCGGCUGCAGGCGCCCGAGGCCGAGGGCCCCAAGGCCGGCGGGGGCGACUGCGCCAAGCGCAAGGGCUGGGCCCGCUUCAAGGACGCCUGUGGGAAGGCGGAGGACUGGAGCAAGGUGUCCAAGGCCGAGUCCAUGGAGACGCUCCCCGAGAGGACGAAGGCGGCCGGCGAGGCCACGCUCAAGAAGACAGACUCGUGUGACAGCGGCAUCACCAAGAGCGACCUGCGUCUGGACAACGCGGGCGAGGCCCGCAGCCCCCAGGACCGCAGCCCCAUCUUGGCGGAGGUCAAGCAUUCCUUCUACCCCAUCCCCGAGCAGACGCUGCAGGCCACUGUCCUGGAGGUGAAGCACGAGCUCAAGGAGGACAUCAAGGCCCUGAACAGCAAAAUGACGAACAUUGAGAAACAGCUCUCCGAGAUACUCAGGAUACUAACUUCCCGCCGAGCCUCCCAGUCUCCUCAGGAGCUGUUUGAAAUCUCCAGGCCUCAGUCCCCAGAAUCAGAGAGAGACAUUUUUGGAGCCAGCUGAGAGGUCUGCUGGGGGAGGGAAAAAAGUAAAAAGAGGAGAAAACCUACCAUCCUGCCCUGGACACCGCCCCCACCACACACAGCUACAUGACCAACAACUUUGCAAGUAGGCUCUUCCCGACAGAAAAGCCCAGGGGGACCCGUCGCUGAAGCCCGCUCGCUCCUCUCUCUCUAGGGAAAGAUCCGGAAAGAGGAGUGUGUGCCACCCCGCAAGAUGGCAGCUGCAUCUGAACUGUCUCUGCACACUUUUGGAAGAGGGGGCAUGCCAUCUAAAGGGUAUUUUCCUUCAUUUUUAAUUUUUUACUGCCAUGAUAUUUGUAAAAGAUAGAAACUACCAGAAAAGAGCAGCAGCCCCUUGGGGAGUGGUGGGAGAGCCCCGAGAACCCCUCGUGUCUGUACCAGGCUGGGCUCCUCCGCCAAGACCCCCAAAGACUGCGGUGGGCACAGGGAGUGCGCAGCAUUCCCUGUCCUUGGACGUCACCGGAUAUUUGCCUACAGUAUUUGUAACAAGCUCGGGACAAGGGGACUCUGUCUCUAAUGGUUCAGGCCGAGAACCAGCUGAAGUGCUUGUGGUGCCUCCUCUAGGCACUUAGAGCCAGAGCCGGGAAUCUUCAGGUCCCCUUUCCCAAAAGAGAUGAGCCGAGUGUAAGAGCUGGAGAGGGGCCGUGGGGACCCAGAGAUUCUCUGGGCUGUGGUCUGCAGCCCACUCCUAUGGGAGAGCCGCAGGGGAGGGCCCCCGAGGCCCCAGGUGAAUCUCUGGCCUGACGCCACGAGCCUCACCACACAGGCUCCUUUGCUUCUUUCCGUCUCAACCUCUUCCCAAGUGUUCCUGUGGCAUUCCUCAGGGUAUGGAGCAUCGGCAGGAAGGGUGAUGAGCCCAGAUUUGCUUUAUUAGCAAAGCAGACACACACGUAACCUCAGAAAAAUGAUUGUAGUAAGCACUGUUUGUAUCAUGAUUCUCACUGGGAUUGCCCUACAGAAGUUUGUAUUUUGUCCACUGCAUGGGUUCACAUAGGACACUCGGGAGCCAUGCUUGGCCUUAUUUUAAAGCUAGUCUCUUUAUCUCAUACUAAAGUCAAGACUUCAAGAGAAACCGAAGACUGCAGGGCCACGACUGAACUUACUUCAGGAAGGGUUUCCAGGCUGCCUCUGUAAAGUGAUGGAGAGAGGUGGCCAUGGAGCUGUGGUCCACAGGGAAGGUCUGAGCUCAGAAUGACGAUCAUGGAGCCACCUACGGGUCAUCCAAGUCCCUAUGCCGAAAUGCUCGGGACCCUCCACUGCCUCGCCUUCACCUGGGGUCAGGUAAUCCUUGGGCUCCUUUCAGUGGCAUCUGAGAAAGGCAAGAGAAGAGGUCUCUCCCAGGGAAAGUGCAGAGAGGAGUCAGGACUCUAAAUUCAGCUUCAAAAGAGUGAAGUUAGGCAUGCAAGUGAUCUGGACCGUUAGUGCCAGCAUGGAACUAUCCAGGGCACUGACCUUCUGCACGUGUUGCACCACGGUCAUCCCAUCCUCAGGACGGAAGGGAGCCUGACAGGUCAGGACCUGCCCUACCAAAGCUAGCUAGUGUUUCUGAAAGCCCCAGCACCCCUUCGGUCCCACUCAGUGGCCAUGGCAUGACCCGGGACUUGGACCUCAGUUGUCUGUGCAGAGAGGGGCUGUCCCCAGGGUUGGCACAGGCAGCCCUGGGGAGCAGGAUUCUUUCCCAGAGGCCCCGCACACUUUUGCAGCUCCUCCCAGGAGGCUUAUGGGGUGGCCCCUGGCUUCCCGAGGCUGAGACCUUAUUGGGCCCAGUAAGGUCUCAGCCCUAGAUGGCAGCCUGCAAAGAGGAGGAAGUGACAUUUCCCAAGGCCGAGCCCUGACCGUUUAUGACUCUGGCUAAGCGAGGGGGCUUUCAGCCUCUUUCACUUGACAAGCUGCCAACCAGUCCUUGGGGCUGAGGCUGUAAAAUAGCUGGAAUCCCAUCUGCCAGCUGGCCCUGAAACGUUCUAGUUUGUUCUAGUGUGCCGUUCCUUAAACUUGCUCGUCAGCCUGCUUCCAAAGUUGAGAACUCACCGCUUUAAGGUGGGGCGAGGGCCCUGAUACCUCCCGCAUCCGGCUGCCCCGCUCUCCGGGACUCGAUGGCAGGCUCCUGUGCAGCUCCCUGCAGGCCCUGCCCUCCAGCUCUGCCUGGGGAGUACAGGGCUGUCAGGCUGAGGGGCAAAGAUGCUGAUGUGUGAGGCCUUGAAGUCCAGACCUGUUUAGAGGGGAAAAAAUCACGCUUCGUGAAUGUAUUGCUGGAUCGACUCCUCGAAGUCAAACUGGGCUAGUGACGAGCAGCCUGAUCGACUCCUCUCGGGGUCCCAGGGCCUGCAGCACACCCUCCUGGGGGUGACGGUGGGAGCACCACCGGGGUGGCUGUCUGUGCUUUUAUUCUUCUCCAGUCAAGGAUUUGGGGAAUUUUUGCUAUAAUGGUUUUUCUCUGGGGAAAG